GUCCUCCACAAGCAUUUAUAGCAUGAACCGGCCCCGCGCCAAUUAUCAAGCAGCGGGUUUCCGGGAGAGCCAAUGAUCCUUAUCCCAUCAUAAAUUUAAUCAGAUAACUAGGGAUCGUCGAACCCCACGUAAAAAGCCGAAAAGGACACCACCAAGAGAACCUCUAGCGGGGCAACACGACCAAGCGGCUCGGUCCGGACUCGGCCCUCUCCCUCUCUCCCUCUCCCCUCUCGUCUGCUCACUGCUCCAAUAGACAUUCCUCGAUUUCUCCAAAACCUUUACCACCAAAAAAAUCAUAUACGAGUACUUGAAACUCCUGAUAUGCCUACCCGCGAAGAGAUAACCUACUUUGGCGCUGGCCCCGCCAGCCUCCCAACCACAGUCCUUCAGAACGCCUCCACCGCCAUCCUCAACUUUCAAAACACCGGUCUUGGCCUGGCCGAGCACUCCCACCGCUCCGCCCUCUCUAAUGACAUUCUCGCAACCACUGAAUCCUCCCUACGUAGCCUGCUGUCCAUCCCGGAAAACUAUACCGUCCUCUUCAUGCAAGGCGGUGGAACCACACAAUUCUCCGCGGUACCGUACAACUUACUAGGCUACUGGGUACAAACCCAGCUCGACAAAGCCGGUGGAGAUAUCGGGGUCGUCCGCGAGAGGCUCAAGAAGGCAAGAAUGGACUACGUUGUUACGGGGGGGUGGAGCCAGAAGGGGGGUGAGGAAGCAAGGAGGCUGUUUGGGGAGGAGAAAGUCAAUGUGGUUACUGAUUCGAAGAGGGUUUUCGGCAGAUACGGUGGGAUUGAAGAGGAGGAGGGAUGGAAGAAGACUGAGGGGGAGGAGAGAAUUUUCACAUACUAUUGUGAUAAUGAGACGGUUGACGGGGUGGAGUUUCCCGGGUUUCCAAGGGGCCUGGAGGGUGGGAUUGUCGCGGCGGAUAUGAGUAGUAAUAUACUGAGUCGCAGAGUUGACGUUUCAAAGUUUCACAUCAUCUUCGUAUAUCCCUCUCUACCCCCUUCCUGCUUUAUCCGAUAGCUAACGACCACCAGGCUGGUGCUCAGAAAAACAUUGGAACAACUGGCCUCACAAUCGCAGUUCUGAAAUCCUCAAUUCUCCAAACCCAGCCAACCCCCGCCACGCUCCGCGCCUUGGGCCUCCCCAUCCCGCCAGUAAUGAUGUCCUACCCUAUCCUAGCGAAACACAACUCCCUCUACAACACCCUCCCCAUCUUCGACGUCUGGGUCGCCGGUGAGGUAAUGAAGGGACUUGUCGCGGCCGGCGGCCUUGCAAAACAGGAAGAAGUCGCCAAUCGCAAAGCGGAGAGGUUGUAUGCUGCCUUGGGGGGCGCGCCCGGGAUUUUCAAGGUGGUUCCGCUCGAGGGUGCGCGGUCUAGAAUGAAUAUUUGCGUCAGGACCCAGCCGGAGGAGCUCGAAGGGGUCUUCUUGAAGGGUGCAGAGGAGAGGGGAUUGCUGGGGCUCAAGGGACACAGGAGUGUCGGCGGUAUUAGGAUUAGUAAUUGUGUGCCUCACCUCCCCUCUCUGUUGUCCUGUAUUUUGUGGCUGACCUAGGAAUGCGCAGACAAUUCGAUCACGGAUUCUAGCGUGGAUAGACUGGUUCAGUACAUUGACGAGUUUGUGCAGAAGAAUUCUUGAGCCUGAGUGUCUGUUGACGUUCAUGGUUGGAAUUGGUGGAAGAUAUACCGGAUCUUAUGGGACUUCGAAAUAAAUCGGGGAUGGGGGGUUUAUGACAUUUACUUUAGAUCUUAGACUAGACUGUCAGAUCAUGAAUACUCACUCGACAAUCACUUGAUUUUUUCUUUCCGUUCACAGGUACAGUUGCUUAUUAAAGGCUUCCCAGAAAGAACUUGAACCCCAACCGAUCGAGCAUCCUUGAGAUUCCUCACAUGUAUCUACAAUCUGUUCAAAUGAAUAACCCAAAAACUCCCACCAAAUCCCGGUCGUAAAGUACAUAUAUCGUGGAGGAGACAGAACACGCUAGACCUUCUCCUACAGCCCGUCACUCUCCUCCCCCAACAACCCAACCUCAUCAUCCCCCUCCUCAGCCUCACUCUCCAGAUCGCCCCCCAACAACCUCCUCCCCUCUCUGCCCUCUCCAAUACCGGACAGCCUCCCGGCAACCCCGGCAGCGCCCUCCUCAGCAUUGAGCACAAAGUAAACAUCCUUCUUGGUGAGCACGCCCUGGAGUAACCCAUGCGUGGCAAAGAGCACAUAUCUCAACCCCAACUUCUGGAAAAGAUUUGCCACAAGCAUGAGACUGCUUUUUGGCGAGAGGGUAAUAGGAGUUUGGUCCAUCCAGGGCCGCAAGUCCAAGUAAUCUCCCUCGAUAACGCUGCGUGGCGCCGUAAACAAGCACUCCGUAUCACCGCUGGCACCGC